UUACUGUGUGAGAAGUAAUGGAAAUGGAAGUCCAAUGCAUGCCAAAUACACGUGGAGAAUCAGUCCUUUCCAUGUCUCAUGCAACAAGAGGGUUUCAUCAACAUGGAGCCUCAACCUAUGGAGCUUUCUCUGCAACAAGAAUCUUCUAAUGGAGGAUGGAGAUCGGCAAUAUAUAUCAUCGGCGUCGAAAUUGCUGAACGAUUCGCUUUCUAUGGCAUGCUGGGGAACCUCAUCACGUAUCUCACAGAUGUCCUCGGCGAAGCCACUGCCACAUCUGCCAAGAACGUCAACAUCUGGGUCGGAAUAUCAACUCUUCUCCCUUUGCUUGGGGCUGUGAUCGCUGAUUCCUUCUUGGGUCGUCUUAGAACGAUCUUCUUCUCAUCCAUCAUCUAUCUAAUGGGGCUGCUUAUGUUAACUUUAUCAGUUUCAGUGGAGAUCGCAACACAGUUUCGACGCCAACUGUUUUUCUUGUCUCUCUACAUCGUCUCAGUGGGGGAAGGAGGGCACAAGCCGUGUGUACAGACGUUCGGGGCUGAUCAGUUCAGUGAGGAUGGACCGGAGGAGAAGAAAGCCAAGAGUUCGUUCUUCAACUGGUGGUACUUUGGGAUGAGUGGUGGUUCCAUGGCAGCGACGCUGGUGGUACCUUACGUGCAGGACAAUGUGGGAUGGGCUGUUGGGUAUGGAAUCACAACUGUGGCAAUGGCUAUCGCGCUUGCCUUGUUUCUCCUCGGGCGGAGAACUUACCAGCGGCAAGAACCAAAUGGUAGUCCUUUAACUCGAGUGGCGCAGGUGUUCGUCGCAGCUGGCCGGAAAUGGCGUUUGUCUGCAGGCUGGAAGGACGGCCAAGGGCAAGGAGUCGUGAAUAAUAUUGAGGAAGGGGACGUUGGUUCAGGCAUGGACGCUCAGCCCAAGAGCAGCCGGAGUCUUGCUCCUACGAAUCAGUUCAGGUUUUUAGACAAAGCAACGAUCAUAGACGAUGUUGAUUUGUCAAGCAACGGCAGAAACAACUGGAGGCUCUGCACAGUGACCCAAGUUGAGGAAGUGAAGCUUCUCCUGCGUUUGGUUCCCAUUUGGUUCAGUGGCUUGAUGUUCGCAGUUGUAUACGCCCAAAUCAACACCUUCUUCACAAAGCAAGGUAGGACAAUGGACAGAAGGAUAGGUUCAAAGUUUCAUGUACCUCCUGCAUCACUUCAAGUGUCCAUCACUCUAACAAUUAUCUUGUCUGUGCCCAUAUAUGAUCGAGCUCUUGUCCCCAUUGCAAGAAAGCUCACUGGCAUCCCAUCUGGUGUGACAAUGCUCCAGAGGAUUGGAAUUGGCUUGUUUCUCUCAAUUGUUGGCAUGGUUGUAGCAGGUCUAGUAGAGGCCAGAAGAAUUCACAUCAGUGAAGAGCAUGGUCUUCUUGAACAGCCAAAGAUAACUCUCCCUAUGAGCAUUUGGUGGCUGCUUCCACAGUACAUAAUUUGGGGAGUUUCUGAUGUGUUUGCAGCUAUUGGAUUGACAGAACUCUUCUAUGAUCAGAUGCCAGACGAUAUGCGAAGCAUCGGUUCUGCGGCUUUCCUUAGCAUGUUUGGUGUUGGGAGCUUACUGAGCAGCUUUCUUAUAUCCAUUGUGCAGGCAAUCAGCUCAAAGUAUGGAGAUGAAUGGUUGGGUAACAAUCUUAAUAAGGCACACCUUGACUACUAUUACUGGUUACUUGCAGGUCUGAGCACUCUGUGGCUUGGCAUUUAUAUGGGUAUUGCUAAAUUCUUUGUUUACAAGAAAAUUAAUUAGUGGUGGUGAUUCUCCAUAGAGGCUUUCUUGAGUAAUCUCUGUGAAUUUCAGGCUGAACCAGUCAUCCAGAAGAGUAGCUAGCUUAGUUUGUAGAAGAGGGGUUCUUAUUAGUGUGGUGUGUAUUUGUGUACAUGUUUCCAAAGGGGGAUAACCUUUUUAUCUUUUAAAUUUGUUCAGUCCUGUAUUUUACAGAUGGAAACAUUAAGAUGGGUUCUAAUGUUUAAACAUAAAGAAAUCCCAAAUUCCUAGUAAAUAGUGUUUGAAUGGGUUCAAAAACCAAUAUAUAUUGUACAAUUGGCAUGAUAGGAUGCAAUAGUUUGAACUUUGUGUGUAUGAGGUAUG